AUGGGUAUCGAAUCAAUUACGGAUGCAUUGCAAGGCAGUUAUUUUCUUCCAUUGUACUCGGCUUUGGCAUACUACACAUUCGUAUUUGCCUUAGGAGAAAUUGCGAGAAUCCUUGUCUCUAAAUAUGCACCAAAGAGCGGAAACACGCGUCUUUUCCUUAUCGAAAUGAUUGGAACUGUUCAAAUGUGCACCUGUGUAUACGAAAAUGGAAUUAUUGUUAAAUAUUAUGGGCUGAAUGCUUUCUUCAUUGUCGUCGGACUUCUUCUAACUGCCGGAAGCGUGUUCAAUCGCGGCGCUCUCGGAAAUUGCGCUCCAGUCUUCGAAGAUUUCUAUUUCAACAAAAUUUCAUCUACCAAGCUUCUCGCGUUAAUCUCUGCACAACUUAUCGGAGCUACAUUCGCUUCUCGAUUGGCUUACGCAAUUUGGACGUUUACUUCAAAUUUGUCCACGGUUCACAUGGAAAAUGCCUUAAAUACUGAAUGUAUUUUGAAUUACCAUCAACCUGCCGGUACUGUUAUCGCGUUUGAAAUCGCUGGAGCUUUUGCUAUUCGUGGAAUCAUCUCGUUUUUGGCACAAUCAUCAGCUCUUCGUCGCACGAUUCCAUUUGUUAUUUCUCUUUAUUUGGCUCUCGCUCUUUACAUCAUUGGAGUUCCUGGGCUCAAUCCAAUCGUUGCCACCUCAAGAUUAUACGGAUGUCAGGGAAUUGACAACAAUUCAUUUGUUCUCCUCUACUGGGUAUGCCCAACGGUUGGAUGGCUUAUGGGGGCUCACAUAUUCCGCAACGACAAGCCAGUCAAACAAUCAAAGUCUACUAAGAAAGCAUCAAAGAAGAAUUAA